AUGGAUUUCGAUCUUGAGGCUAUCAAUCCAACAACGGGCUCUGGGGGUAUCCUAAGCAUCUGGGAUUCAACUAUCUUUCGCAAGUCAGAAUCUUUUCUGACUAGGAACUACAUCGCCACCACAGGAUCUUGGAAAGGCUUUCCGGGUACAACCACCAUUGUGAAUGUUUACGCCCCUCAAUCUGUCACCGAGAAACGCUCACUCUGGGAAGAUCUUACCUUACUUAAAAGCCAAACUCCUGGAACUUGGAUCUUCUUAGGAGAUUUCAAUGUUGUUAGUCAUCCAAAAGAAAGAUUUAACUCCAGCUUCUGCAAGUACACAACUUCUGAUUUUAACAAGUUCAUCGUUGUCGCCGGUCUUUAUGAGUUCAAUCAAGGUGGGAAAAAGUUUACUUAUCUUCGUGAUGAUGGUUUCAAGCAAAGCAAACUGGACAAAUUUUUGGUGUGCCAAAAGUUUAUCAAACAACAACCACUCACGACGGUGACAGUCCUUCCAUGUAAACAUUCCGAUCACUCCCUGGUACUCCUUAAACCAUCUUCUCUAAAUUUCGGCCCUCCCCCGUUUCGUUUUUUCAAUUCUUGGAUGCUUCACAAGGAUUUUGAUACGAUAUUUGAUAACGCUUGGAAGAAUUUUUCUAGUUUCGGCGCGCCAGAUCAAUACUUUCUUGCUAAACUCAAAUAUUUAAAGGGCAUUCUAAAAAAUUGGAGAUCUGAUGUUUCCAAAUUAGAACACGAUGAUCUAAAACAGCUCAGAGAAAAGGUGGAUUGCUUUGAAUUGGAGGCCGAAUCUCGCAUUCUUUAUGAUUCUGGAAUCAUUGACAGGCGAGAGUCACUUUUUAAAAUAGGUGAACUAGAAUAUGCUGUCAAACUUGAUAUGAGACAAAAGGCGAAAGUCAGAUGGAUAUGUGAUGGUGACGAAAACACUAGGUUCUUUUAUGGAAUGCUAAAGAAUAAGAAUAGGAGAAAUCAGAUAUAG